AUGGAGGGUGAGAUGAGUGGCUGUGACGUGGUUCGUGGGAAAAGCAGCGUUACGUUAGAAUUUGAGACGGAGGUUAUCUGGGUGAAUGCAUAUAUGUUACGGCGACCACUCAUCGGGAAACAUCGCCCUCAGUCGUCAUGCUCCACGGUCAGACCUGCUCAUAUACAGCCAUACCCACCGAACUUAUCUCUGCUCGCAGACAAAUGCACUUCGAUGCGCCAACUUCAACAAAUCCACGCUCAAAUGCUCGUCUCUGCCACCAUCCACGACAAAUUCGCCGCUAGCCGUUUACUAUCAUUCUCCGCUCUUUCCCUCCACGGCGACCUAAAUUAUGCUUCCAAACUACUAAACACUGUACAACAACCAAACAUGUUUAUGUGGAACACCCUUAUUAGGGGCCUAGCGAGCGGCCCUGAUCCACGUGAAGCUGUGUUUCUGUAUAUAAAGAUGCGUCAAAUCGGUGUUACACCGGGUAAACACACAUUCCCCUUUCUUCUCAAAGCUUGUUCCAACUUACAAUCGAUUGUAUCCUGCAAACAAGUACAUACCCAAGUCGUGAAAGUCGGAUUAGACCUCGAUUUGCAUGUUGUCAAUAAUUUGAUCAGAGGGUAUUCCGUUUCUUGCAGUAUGAAACAUGCCCGCCAACUGUUUGAUGAAUUGCCUGACAAAAAUGUCAACAUUUGGACCACAAUGGUUUGUGGGUAUGCUCAAAAUGAUUGCCCACAAGACGCAUUGGGGCUGUUCAAUGAGAUGGUUGCCCGAAAAUUCGAACCAAAUGGUCCGAGCCUUUCAUCGGUGUUGUCAGCUUGUGCACAAUCAGGGUGUUUAGAAAUGGGAGAAAAGAUCCAUAGAUACAUACAAGAUAAAGGAUUCGAAACCGGAGUUGUUCUUGGUACUGCUCUAGUGAACAUGUAUGCCAAGAAUGGAUCACUUCUAAUGGCAAGAAAUUGUUUCAACGAUAUGCCUCAAAAAAACAUAGUAACUUGGAAUGCGAUGAUUUCAGGAUUAGCAGUUAACGGACACGCCAAAGAAGCACUUGAGUUCUUUCAGGAUCUAGAGAAACAUCAGGUGAUCCCAAACGAUAGGACGUUUGUUGGAGUUCUAUCUGCUUGUUGCCAUGCCGGAAUGCUUGAUUUUGGCCGGAAAAUAUUCAACUCAAUGAGGAGUGUUUAUGGAAUCGAGCCCAAGAUACAGCAUUACGGAUGUAUGGUUGAUCUUCUAGGUCGAUGUGGGCAGGUAUCGGAGGCCGAGGAGUUGAUUAAGAGAAUGCCAUGGAAAGCUGAUCUGAAGAUUUUGGGAGCCCUUUUGAGUGCUUGUGGCAGCCAUGGAAAUCUUGAGGUUGCUGAAAGAGUUGUGAAGGAGAUGCUUGCAUUGGAGCAGCAUAAUCAUGGUGCUUAUGUUGUUUUGUCGAAUAUGUAUGCGGAUAUUGGACGGUGGGAGGAUGUUUCGAGGUUGAGGGAGAUUAUGAAAGACGAGAGUUUGAAGAAAACACCAGGAUCAAGCCUUUUUUGACGAGGACGACGAUGAUGACGAAGAGGAUUUUGUGUAAAAAAUGCGAUUUUGAUUUGAUACAU